UGGAGCUGGAGCAGGAUUCAUGGCGCUGCUCUUGCUCUUGCAACUGGGCGCAUUGGCGGUGGCGGCGGCGGCAGGCACCGACCGGGACGCGCUGCUGGCGUUCAAGGCCGCCGUGACCGACCCGUCCGGCAAGCUCCGGUCGUGGAACGACACGGCGCACUUCUGCCGGUGGCCGGGCGUGACCUGCGCCGCGGGGCGCGUCACGUCGCUGGACGUGUCCGGCCACGGCCUCACCGGGACGCUGUCCCCGGCCGUCGGCGACCUGGAGCGCCUCGAGGUCCUCAACCUCACCGACAACGGCGUCUCGGGAAGGAUCCCGGCGAGCCUCGGCCGGCUCCAGCACCUCUCGUACCUCAGCCUCUGCGACAACAAGUUCGAGGGCGAGAUACCCGACGCGCUCCGCAACUGCAGCGCCCUCGCCGUCGCGUUCCUCAACAACAACCACCUCACCGGCGGCGUCCCGGGGUGGCUCGACUCGCUGCGCAACCUCACCGUCCUCUGGCUCGGCCACAACGCGCUCUCCGGCCGCAUCCCGCCGUCGCUCGGGAACAUCACCUGGAUCCGGGCGCUCCAGUUCGACCAGAACCUUCUCGAAGGCGGCAUCCCCGAGGCCCUCUCGCGCCUCCCCGACCUCCGGGUCUUCACCGUCUACCAGAACCGCCUCACCGGCGAGAUCCCGCCGGGCUUCUUCAACAUGUCGUCGCUGCAAGAAUUCUCCAUCGCCAACAACGAUUUUCACGGGCAGCUCCCCGCCGACGCCGGCGCGCGCUGGCCGGACCUCCGGUACCUCUUCCUCGGCGGGAACAACCUCAGCGGGCCGAUCCCGGCGUCGCUCGCCAUGGCGUCGAGCUUGCAGGCCCUCAGCCUCGCCAGCAACAGCUUCACCGGGCACGUGCCACCAGGGAUCGGCAGGCUCACAGCCAUGGAGUCGCUCGAGCUGUCCAACAACAAGCUCACAGCCAGCGACGCCGGCGGCUGGGAGUUCUUGGAGGGCUUAACCAACAGCAGCGGGCUUGUUGAAAUCUACCUCGACGGCAACAAUCUCGGCGGCGCGAUGCCGGGCUCCGUCGCCCGCCUCUCGCCGGAGCUCCGGACGCUGAGCCUCGGCGGCAACCGCAUAUCCGGCGUGAUACCUUCAGGCAUCGGGAACCUAGUCGGGCUGCAAACCUUGGAUCUCAGCUCGAAUCUUCUCACCGGCAUCAUCCCGGAAGGCAUUGGGAGGCUGAAGAAUCUCCAGGAAUUGCGACUGCAGGAGAACAAGCUAACCGGGCCGAUGCCAUCCUCCAUUGGCUACCUCUCGCAGCUUCUAAGCCUUGACUUGAGCAGCAACUCGCUGAACGGAUCGAUCCCUUCCAGCAUCGGCAACCUGCAGCGGCUCACACUGAUUAACCUCUCCGGCAACAAGCUCACCGGCCGCGUCCCUCGGCAACUAUUCCUCCUGCCGUCGUUGUCGUGGGCGAUGGACCUGUCGGACAACCGACUCGACGGCCGGCUCCCCCACGAGGUGGGCCAGCUCGUGCAGCUCGCAAUCAUGGCGCUCUCCGGGAACCGCUUCUCUGGCGAGGUGCCCGCCGAGCUUGGGAGCUGCCAGAGCCUGGAUUUCCUCGGUCUGGACAGGAAUCUCUUCACCGGGAGCAUCCCAUCGUCUCUGAGCAGGUUGAAGGGGCUCAGGAAGCUGAACCUGACGAGCAACGAACUGACCGGAAGCAUCCCGCCGGAGCUCAGCCAGAUGACCGGACUCCAGGAGCUGUACCUGUCACGGAACGGCUUGUCCGGCGGCAUUCCGGCAGGGUUGGAGAACGUGAGCUCCCUGAUCGAGCUCGACGUGUCUCACAACCACCUCGAGGGCCGGGUCCCAACGCUCGGCGUGUUCGCGAACACGACCGGGUUUAAGAUGACCGGCAACGGGGCGCUCUGCGGCGGCGCGGCGCCGCUCCGUCUGCCGCCUUGCCGGCGAACCAAGUCCACCCGGGUCGAUCACCUGAUCCUCAAGAUCGCGUUGCCCAUCGUUGGCUUUGCUCUCUGCUUCGCCAUGCUAUUCGCUCUGCUCCGGUGCCGCAGGAUGAGGAGGAGGUCAAGGAUUGCUUCAGACACCACGACUCGAAGCAUGCUCAAUGGCAACAAUUAUCCGAGGGUUUCUUACGCCGAACUGGCGAAAGCAACCGAAGACUUUUCCAAUGGCAACCUCAUCGGCGCCGGGAAGUACGGAUCCGUGUACCAAGGGAUCCUGCCACUGAAGACGAAGGGGAGCUUCGAGCUCCAGGAUGUCGUGGUGGCGGUGAAGGUGUUCCAUCUCCAGCAAAUCGGUGCUUCCAAGACCUUCCUGUCGGAAUGCGAGGCUCUGCGAAGGGUCAAGCACCGCAACCUGAUCAGCAUCGUCACCUGCUGCUCCAGCAUCGACGCCGAGGGUAACGAUUUCAGAGCUCUGGUGUUCGAUUUCAUGCCCAAUUACAGCCUGGACAGGUGGCUGCACCCGAGCUUGCUUGACGUCACGGAAGGGCGUGUCCUGAGCAUAAUCCAGAGGUUCAACAUCGCCGUGGACAUCGCCGACGCUCUCAAGUACCUCCACAGCUGCUGUGAACCACCGAUCAUCCACUGCGAUCUGAAGCCAGGGAACGUUCUCCUUGGUGAAGACAUGACGGCCUGCAUCGGCGACUUUGGCCUCGCCAAGCUGCUUCUUGAUCCAGAAAGCCAUGGAUUUGAAAAUACUGAAAGCACUAUCGGCAUCAGAGGCACAAUUGGCUAUGUCGCGCCAGAAUACGGCACGUCAGGGAAGGUCUCGACCUAUGGUGAUGUAUACAGCUUUGGGAUUAUGCUUCUUGAGAUUUUUGUCGGGAAAGCGCCAACCAGCGAUGCAUUCAGAGAUGGCCUGACGCUACCGGAGUUUGUAGGUGAGGCGUUCCCGGAUAAGAUAGAGCGGAUUCUUGAUCCGGCCCUGCUGCUGGAAGAGGAAUUAUUCAGUGGGGUUGUGUCAUCUUCAUCGGAGGAAAGCGAAUUGUGUGCAACAGUGUAUGAUUGCUUGGUUUCUGCCAUAAGAGUCGGGCUCAGCUGCUGUAGGAAAACGCCAUGCCAAAGAAUGGCCAUGAGUGAUGCAGCUGCAGAGCUUUGCUUGAUCAGAGACGCUUGCGCUCGUGCAUAUGGUCAGUGAGACUCAGGGAAUCCAAAUUCAGAGCUAUGGAAAUGGUCAGAUGGACAAGAAAUGUGUUCUGUACUUCUCUGAAUUAACCUUUACUGCAUACUUGUGAGGUGGGGUUUAUGUGUUCAGAACUCAAUUUUUUCUCACAAAGUCCAUCACCUUUACCCUUUUUUUGUAACACUGGCACGAAGGAUUAGGAUACCACUAACCUAAUUUGGUAUUUUGCUAUGAUUUUUCCUUUUUUACAACAGUGGCACAGUUACUGUUCUGCCUUGUAUGUAGAUAGUUAAAAGUACUGCAGACGAAAUAAUGGCACUAGCU